AUGAAAGCCUUUUUCGUCCUUACUUUCGCAGCCCUCUGCCAGUCAGCAUACAGCCUGAGGGAAGGGACCUACAUGAUCGAAUCAGCCAAAUUCGGCAAGUCCCUGGUUCUGACCGAGACCCUCACCCACAGGGGAGCGCCUCUAUCCUUUGACCCCAGGAAUGGCCAGCCUGGCCAGAUUUGGUCCUUCACACCCAGAGACAACGGCUACUGGGAAGUCGAAAACCACCUUGGCGGGAAUAUCAACUGCGGUACCGAGGAAGGCUCCAUGUGCUUUGCGGGCGAGGAGCCUCAGCUCUUUAUGCCCGAGUACAAAGGUGAAAACAAGUAUGAGCUUGUUGCGAAGGGAAGUGGUUAUCUUUUGCGCGUCACCGAGCAUGGGAGCUUGGAGCUCGCUGGGUAUGACGACAGCCUGAGUGAGCAAUUUACCUUGGUCGAAGCCUAG